UACAAAACAAAAACAAUACUUGAAUUGUCCUGGCAUGCUGAGAUGCCAUAUAAAAAUGUUGUCUAGUCAAUUCAAUUACAAAUCUAGCAGCACAGUUCACCACCCACCCACCACCACCACCACCACCACCACCACCGCAACCAUUCCAACGGUGAUCAAUUCACUACUGGCGGGAAACGAGUGUGCGACCCCUCGGAAAGCAACUCUCACCCAUCUCUGAACUUCCUCGCUCUCUCCCUCGCUAAAGGACUGUGUUUCCGUGCAGCAUAAAUACUUGAGGGGGUUGGUUGGUUGGUUAGCAUACUCGACCGGAGCCAACAGGAUGGAUACCCGUAUAUAUCUAUCUGUACAUAGCAGAAAUAUCGGUGACCGAGGGAAGCAGGGGCAGGCAGCCAACAUAUUCGCAGGCUGGCACCACACUGAUGGUGGUCUGGCACGGUUUGGUACCGUAUUUGUUGAACCAGUUGUAUGCCAGAAAGAGAACAAGUGAGAUCAGCAGCAGCAGGGACUUUCUGCAUGCUUAAUAAAAAGUUCAAAUAUCGAUUUUUCAAUUCCAUAUCCUAGUCUUUUUUUUCGGUCGGUUAAUGUGCUCAAUCGUUGAUUUUACAGAUUGCAGUGAAUCGUGAUGGUUUUGGAAUAGGCCAACUGAACUUGUGCGGAAAAAAAUAGAAACAUAAAAGUGUCAUCUUAGUGAGCUCUGAAAAUGUGCAACAAGGGCCAGUCUGUAGACCAUUCAAACUAGUUGGAUAUCUGGUGGGGUGGACCUACGAAUGACAAACAGUAACUCCGUAGUUCAGUGAUUAGGGACUCUCGGACAGAAACAGUAACAGUGAACGUAAAAAACGUAAAUCAAACCCGUGUCGAGUCGUCAUAUUCGAGGAUCCGUCUGGUGAAAAUGAUGAAAGCUGUAAUGGUGGAUUCCGAAAAGUAUAACUAACACCACUACCGAAGUUUUCGCGUAUAAUGGGGCUCCAAAGUCCAAGGAAAAACAGCAUCGAAAACAAUAACUUUCCUGUUUUGUUGGGAUUGCGAGGAAAACUCCCGAUCCAAAUUCAAGAGAAGUGACUUCACGUUCAUCUAUUACUUUGCACACUAAAAUGGUCAGUUCAACCAUCACACUAGACAAGAAAUCAUCGUCAUCAUCCUCAUCAACAGCAGCUACAACAGCAACGGCACAGGCUUCCGCCGAUCAGAGCAGUAAUAGUAUCAUAUCCAUACCACUAAACGCCAACACAAGCACCAACGGCACCUCCAGCGGUGGCAACGAUUGCACACCGGUAUCGGCAUUGAAUCUAAGUGAACAAAAAAUUUCGAUUCUGUUUCCGAAAUGCAAACCCAGGAGUGCUGAGCACUAUCAAAUGACAUCUACCAAUACCACCAGUGCUAUCAACAAUAACACUAAUACUAAUAUGAGCACAAUUACCAACAACAGCAAAUCAGAUAUCACAGGUACAUCGUCUUCACUGACCACGCCUACUUCGCUAACAUCAUCGUCUUACGCGUUCAACACCAAAUCGUACGGAAUGGAAUCCAACUCGAUCCGUGGUUCUUCGAGCAAUAGCCUAUCAACGGCGGGUAUGGGAUAUGACCUACUAGCCGGAAAAUCGGACCUAAGCUCGCGAAUGAACAACAAUCACUAUGACGGCAGCAGUCGUAUCCCAAGCAGGCAUACCAGUUCAAUGGACAAAUACAAUUUCUACUACAACAGUCAACCUCCGCCAUUAUCAACGUCUCCAACGGAGAACAAUGCCAAUACUGGCGGAUGCAAUAGUCAAUUUCUUCCGUCGGACGAAGACGAUGGCGAGGAAGAUCCGCGAAAAGGCAGCUAUCAACGCCACAGCUACUACGGCGGUCGUCAAUCACACUACUACAAUCUUCCAAAACAAGAUCCCGGGACGCCAAGUAAUACGUCUCGCUACCACUGGGAUUUGUCACCAAGCAGUGCGCUGCCCUACUCGGCACCGAUAGUAUCGUCUGGUGCAAAACGUUCGUCAGUGAAACCGUCCUACACCCAGGUUCUACAAUCUCCUCUGGAAGACGAAAGCGACGUCGAGGAUCGACUGAAGUAUUUUAACUAUCAGAACGAAAUGCACAACAGUAGGACGAACGCAAUCAAAACUAGUCUCAGCGAGAAACCAAGUCACGCAAGUGGGAUUUACUGCAAUUACAAGACUAACGAAAUGAUCGUUUUCAACGAUAUCGAUGACGAACGACGGCGCGUUCAUCCGCAGCAAACGCAGCACGAAACAUCAGCUGGAGCAGGACUUCGUGUGGCCGCUGCCGACGAUUCGGACCCAGGCACAACCUUCCAUCGGUAUCCCAUGACAGUGGACAGUAGUGCCGGAAAUGGCAGUGGAAACAACAAUAGCAGUAAUCUGACAACCGUCAAGCUACUGGAAAGUGGUUCCCAUAAGCAGCAGGCAGAUGCUCCGGCUAGUUCAGGAUCGAAUAUCAUUGAAUAUGAAGGAUCCCCGCGACGUUUCGGAUUAAGUCUGAACGAGGAUAGUCCGUCGUACUACAUUCCGUCAAAUUUCAAGCUCAACUUGACUUCCCCAUCGCUACUGACACCGCCGCGUCCUGGUUUUCCGCAGCGGGUGAUACCGCCGUCGUCGGUAAAUAAUAAUAACACUAGCAGUACGAGUGCGGAAACAACUUCCACGUCAACGAGUAAUACCAACAGCACCGUGCACCAGUACCAUCCGACGCGGUCACCGACGCUACUUGAGCAGGUCAGUUCGGGGCUCAAUGGUUCGGUAACGUUCGACGCCAAUGCAUUUCUGAGUGAGUUCGACGCCAAACGGGCCGCCAUCAGUGCCAGCACAAUCGACGUGUCCAGCAGUGGCACUUCGGCUGUAACCUCAGGUGGUCACGAGAUCAACAAACUGAACGUGAUACGACUGGAGAACGAUUACGGCGGUAAGGAGUUGGUAGAGCCUCCGGCAGAUGUUCCUACGAAAAGGGCCACCCCCGAUAUUAAGCCGACGCUGGGACUUACCUGCACCACGGCUGACGAUAAUCCGACGUUGGGUGCCGGUUCGUUCACCACACCGCUCACUGCCUCGUCUACCUUUGACUAUCUGUAUGAGUUUUCCGAAACGCGAAAAGUGCUGGAAGAGUUUUUCAAGUGUCCCACCACCGAGGAUGUGGAAAAGGCUUUCGAGAAGUUUAGCGACUACAACGAGAGUGGAGAUGACGUCGAGAGUCUGGAUAUCCACUAUGAAUACCCGGCUGAGUUGGACAGCAGCGCAUUGGAAACGACCUACAUCGGAGGAGCCGGUUCAGAACUGCAGUCGCAGCAGCAGCAGCAGCAUCUACAGCAACAACCAAUACUGGCAACAACACCGACCGGUGUUGUUAACCCCGGCAGCAAACAGCAGCGUGACCAUACAGCUUUACCCACUGUUGCAGUUUGCCACUCGCCAAUUAAUAAUAAUAAUAGCGAGGACGAUGAGGACGGUGCGGACGAGGAUGAAGUGGAUGACGGUGAGGAAGAUGGUGACGAAGAUGAGGAGGACGAUGAUGACAAUUUGGGGGUUGGUGGCAUCGGAAACAACCUGAAAUAUAUGAUCAAUGUGAAUAAUGAACCUAGGAUCAAAAACGGAUACAGUAGCUUCCGGAAGAAAAAACAGGAGAAAAAAUUAGCAGUAACGAAUGUGUCCCCGGAGCACUAUCCCAAUGGAGCGAAUAAUAAUGCAAACGUUGACGGUGAGGAUGAGGAAGAAGUUGACGUCUAUAGUGCGAAUCAGCAUCAUCGUGGCUACCAUCAUCAGCAACAACAGCAACCACAUCGAUUACAGCAACAAGCUCAGGAACAGCACCAUCCGAAUCCGGGAAGCGCACGCCAGCAAGCACUCCUGCAACAACAACAACAACAACAACAACAGCAGCAGCAGCAGCACUAUUCAGGACAGUAUCAAGAUCACGAGCGACAGUUCAGUUUGUACUUGGAUCCCGGAAGUCGUGCCAGCAGCUGUGAUGUGAUUAACGAGAGCAGCAUCGACACGGCACAGUUCAUUCCGAACGGAAAUGGGAAAAAGCUUAAGGAAAGCGGUAACGGUAACGGCAACGGAAAGAAACCGUUAACUCAUAGACACAGUAAAAAUUUCAACUACUCGCCGGAUACGACCGACUAUGAAAGUAACUGCGGAGAUUACGAUAGCGAAAUUUCGCUGAAAUAUGGCAGUGAGUAUGGUAUGAUGGCUAAUGGUGGCAGCGGAAUGAUUUGUGACGAUCUCAACAACGGUGUAAUCACAACUUCCACGGGAGUGAAUUCCUCUUCGGUAAUGAUCAACGAUGGCUAUAACAGUGUCCAAACUUCGAUGGGCGGUGGAGGCGGCGGAGGAGGAGGAGGAGUGAACAACUACUGCCGGUAUUACACAAGCAUGCCGGUUCUGGAGGACGGUCUAUCCAGUGGGCACGUUUCGGACACGGAAAAUAAUAAUCCUGUUGCAUUGCCGACACCGGAUUUGAUCAACAGCAGCCACAAACUGCAACAGGUGCCUAAUUCGUACAAUCUGCUGGCUUCACCCACGAAUCACACAAUGAAAUCGACGAACUCGUCACCGGUAAUAGCGACCCAAAAUAGCAACAUGGACAAUCUGUACGGAUGCAAUGGAAUCAGACUAAACGGUACGCUGAACUCGAGCAAUCUGCAGAACAACAAGAUCUUCAAGAACCGCGAUCCGGAAUUGGAGUCCUUGUAUACCAUAAAUACCAUCCAAUCAACGCCACCUCCACCGGCACCCGCACCUCACCGGAAGUCCUCAUUAGACUGUGACACCCAGUCGAACCUACAACAGAUGCACACAAGCCAGCAGAACGCUUCCGAUGUGCAGUCAGCUCUCAAGGACAUACGGACAUGUCUGCAACGCACUAAAGUUUCGGCAUCUCCAACACAACCUCACCUUGGCUGUCAAUCUUUAUCACAACAACAACAACAACAGCAGCAGCAGCAACAACAACAACAACCCAUAGUUAAAAAUUACGAGAAGCAUUCUAUGGUAGCUCCUGAUAAGCUGGACUCACCGGUUCCAUCCAUCUCUCCCGUCUGGAUUCCCCGUCCACGCGAUAGUAAACUCGUAAACAAUGCAUCGGUUGGACUGCUCCUACCCACGACGCCAACCACGGGUGGAGCAACGGAACGAUCGGCCAAUAUGGCUUCCGAGAAGGACUCCCUACUGCAUGGGACUAGUGCAAAGAAUCUGAGCGCUCUUGAAGACGACGAGGACCCCGAUACGGACUUAGAGACUGACCGACUACUAGGUCACCAGCGUUUAGAUGAUCAAGGCUUCUACGAUGAUAACAGCAAUAGUUGGGCCGAUCGCAGAGCACGAUCUCUAUUGCAUAAACUGUCGCCUAAGCAACAAACCGGAACGGGAGCACCAUCUGGUGGAACUGCACUGUACAGCAGUAAAUCCAACAGCAAUCAAGGUUCUCUUCUACGGCAAGGCCUUUCGACACUGCUUUCGCCUACGAGUGCUGUUCCGGCAACAUCACAGCCAGGUCAGUCUCUACCGGAAAUCGUUACCUCUACCAAGACAUCGCCGGCAUUACUCAGCGGUCCGAAUGGCCCGAGUCUUAACAGUAGCAGCCUGAACAGCAGCAGCAACAGUGGAAAUCUAAUUAAUCUGAACGGGCCAAACGAUACGGUAAGUGCGCUGACUCCGGAUCACAGUCGGCAGACUUCACCGAACAAACUGGACAGCAAAGCCAACGAGAGCGCGAGUCCAGCCGGUUCCAACAAUUCCAAAUCGGAUACGGACAAAAAGAAGAAAGGCAAAAAUAAGGAAGUACUCAUCGAAGGAGUUCUAUUCCGUGCUCGAUAUCUGGGCUCGACGCAGCUGGUGUGCGAAGGUCAGCCGACUAAAUCGACACGAAUGAUGCAAGCCGAAGAGGCAGUUUCCAGAAUAAAGGCCUUGUCACCAGAUGGCGAACCUCAACCGAGUACCGAGGUGGAUCUGUUUAUAUCGACCGAAAAGAUCAUGGUUUUGAACACGGACCUGAAGGAAAUCAUGAUGGACCAUGCGCUCCGUACCAUCUCCUACAUUGCGGACAUCGGUGAUCUGGUCGUGUUGAUGGCACGGCGUCGGUUCGUACCGCAGGACGUGGAUUCCGGUGAUUCCGGUGGAGGUGGAAACACGACCCAAACCGGCAAUCAACCGCUGGGAUCGAAUCCAACGGGGACAACGCCCCCGCAAAAGAGUAUCGCCGGACCGAAGGGUAAUCGUACGCCGAAAAUGAUUUGUCACGUGUUCGAAAGCGAGGAAGCACAAUUCAUUGCUCAAUCGAUUGGACAAGCGUUUCAAGUAGCCUACAUGGAGUUCCUGAAGGCCAAUGGAAUUGAAGAUCAUAGUUUUAUGAAGGAGAUGGACUACCAGGAAGUGCUCAACAGUCAGGAAAUUUUUGGUGACGAGUUGGAGAUUUUUGCCAAAAAGGAACUUCAGAAGGAGGUGGUUGUUCCUAAAGCAAAAGGGGAGAUUCUGGGAGUGGUCAUCGUAGAGUCCGGCUGGGGAUCAAUGCUUCCGACUGUAGUUAUAGCGAAUCUAGCAUCGUCUGGCGCAGCGGCACGAUGUGGUCAACUGAACAUCGGUGAUCAAAUAAUUGCCAUCAAUGGACUGAGUUUAGUAGGAUUGCCCCUUUCGACCUGCCAGAGCUACAUCAAAAACACCAAGAACCAAACGGUCGUCAAGUUCACGGUGGUUCCCUGCGCUCCGGUUGUCGAGGUUAAAAUUAAACGACCUAACACAAAGUACCAGCUUGGGUUUAGCGUCCAGAAUGGAGUGAUUUGUAGUUUACUUCGCGGAGGAAUUGCCGAACGAGGGGGCGUUCGAGUGGGCCAUAGGAUUAUCGAAAUCAACAAUCAGAGCGUUGUUGCUGUCCCACAUGAGAAGAUAGUGAAUCUACUGGCGACGUCAGUGGGAGAGAUUCUAAUGAAAACCAUGCCGACAUCGAUGUUCCGUUUGUUGACCGGCCAGGAGAAUCCCGUUUACAUCUAAGGCAACAAACAUUCCACAAAUGCUACUGCAUACUAUAUCAGCUUAUGUUUCCUGUCAUGUAAUAAAUUCAAACGUUAUUUCACUACUAUUAUCUACACACACAAGCUACUGAAUUAUAACAGCAGAACAGCCAAGUCCUACUACUAUUACACUGUGAAAUGCUACUGAAUCGAAGAUCGAGUAAAAUGUGGAUCUGACCGAUCUGACAGAUAAGGGAAAUAAAAACUUAUUGGAAUUUACUCACGCCUUGGCCUUGCAGUUGUAAUUGAUAAAAUUAAAGAAAAAGAGACACAUACAAACACACACACACACACAAUGAGCACAAGAGAAGCGUUUCACUGCAAUUGAUAUUAACUAAGUGCAUGGCUUUUGUACCGGAACGUGUGGGUGUCAGCGCAUCCAUUAUGAGAACACUACGGAACGUAACGCAACACGCUAUAACCAAAGAAAAGUAUCGGCGGGAAGCAAUGUAAAGAAAAAAAACCCGCGAAAUUGAAACAAAAGAAAAUAAAAACAAAACAAAUGAAAUGUAAAAUACAAUAUAUUUUUUGACGGUGUUUAACGAUAAGCUAAACAAAAAACUAAAAAAGCACGAGGCAAUUUGUGGGAGGCUUAAGUCUGUAACAUUGACAUCGCAUAAUACUAAUGUCAGCAACGUAAAAGUAUCAGCAUGUAAAAAUGCAUGUACGUAUUCAAAAGCUAACCUCGGGCGUACAACAGUCCGGAAGGUGAGGUUGAUGUAGAUGAAAAGUCUUCAAUUUGACGUGGUCAACAUGCUUCUCCGCUAUACACUUAAAAAAAACUUUUCUCUAUAGUUGACAGGGUCCUGUUAUAUUUUUCUAAGUGAUUUGAAUCGCUCCAUCCAUUUUCGUUCGAACUAACAACAGAAGAAACAACAACAAAAUAAACAACAGGGGAAAACAUGGCUACGAACAUGAAUCCGCUGAAUGAACAAAAAAAUGUAGUCAGUUUUGCAUUGUAUAUUGACUUUACACUGUUACGGAUCAGAAAAGCAGAACAAAUUGAAGCUUUUUAUAUAUAGGUUAUGAGAAUAUACACAAUAAUAUGUAGAUAGGUUUGCUGAAUCCCGAAAUUGAAUAGCCAAAAAUGAUUGGACCGUCCUUAAGAUGUAAUCAGGAUAACAACAAAAAAAAACUCUGAGAGUCAUUUCCAAGUUAGAAGAAUUCAUACAAAGGAGUCGAGCUAGAAUCAAAACGACAGGUUUUAUUCCCAAGAUUUUCUGUUCGUUUCCAAGGUUACAUAAACAACCAUAUUGUUUUGUAGACAUAUCAACUGUUUAUCGCACUGGUUUUUUUGUUUUGUUCUAUACAACAGAGAUGGAUUUUUCCUCCAUGUAUUCACAUCUUAGUAUAAUCGUUUUUAUGAAACAUAAGUUUCGAAACCUGACAUAAGUAUUGCAUCAGUAAAUGAAAUUUAAAACUAAUCUUCUAAUUUUCUACUACCCUGAAAAGAAUACAAGCUUUGCCUGAUAAUCAACUAAACCAAACAUAGCCACUAUUAGUACUUGCACCUGUGUAUAACAAAUAAAAUGCUUAUUUUUCUGUUAACGUGCAUAAGUGUCAAUGUGAGAGUGUCCUUCAUUUAACCAUCAUUGAAUGAUCUAAAUGUCCUUCUCUAAGAGCGUUUUGUUACAAACUUGAACGGAAUAGUCGUAUUAUAGUGUUCCGACAGAUUUUUGUGAAAAUCCAUGCAUAUAAAUAUUUUGUAAACAAAGUAGCAUUAAAACCCGUGCAGCAGAACAGGAAGGUCGUCCUUCGUUAAGAAAGCAUAUAUAUAAAUAAUAACAAAAUAAAAAAAAGAAACCCUUAACCAGAAAAUGCACUUUUUAUGCGCCACUCACCCGCCCGCCAUAGGAUCAAUGACAGCCAGUAAUAAUUCCUUAAACAAACUCUAGUCGAUAGUAAUGCAUAGUUUAUCAAGUAUUUAUUCCAGUAACGAGCAAGAAGAAAGUAAACACAAAUUGAACUAGUCUGCUAAUACGAACAAAAAAAAACAUAUUUACAAUACAUUCGAGGCAUGUAAAAUCAACAACAGAAAGGAAGCGAUAUUUUCAGUAAGCAAAAAAAAUUGUAAACAUUUAAAAAACGGCCCAACCAGAUUUAACCCUGAACCCUGAUGAUGAGGGUGAGGAACACGGACAGAACGAGUAAAUUCAUGUUAUCUUCGGUCUACAUGGCAGGACAGGAUACAUUAGAGCGUCACUCAAGCAAGCAACGGUAAGAAGAAAAAAACCAAUGCAAAAAAAAUGUGCGGAAAAAAACCGGCACCUUAACGUAAUAACUGCUAAUUGAACUAUAACAACUACUACGGAAAAUGUAUAUUUAUUCCAAAGCAAAACAAAUAUAUAAAAUUUUGUGAUGUAAAAUUCUCAAA